AUGGAACGUAAAACAGCCAUUCUGGCAAAGGAAUUUCGUCGCUAUGACAUUGAUAUUGUUGCUUUAAGUGAAACCCAUCUGUUGGAUGAAGGAAAACUUGAGGAAGUCGGUACAGAUUACACAUUCUUUUGGAAAGGACGUCCUUCAAAUGCGACACGACAAUCGGGUGUAGGUUUUGCUGUCAAAUCCUCCUUGGUGGGUAGUCUCGACAUACUACCAAGGGGAAUAAAUGAUCGUUUAAUGACACUUCGCCUACCUCUUUCUGGUGGUCAAUUUCUAACCUUGGUCAGUUCAUAUGCUCCAACGAUGAACGCCUCCGAAGAAAUCAAAGAGAAAUUCUAUGAUGAUUUGAGUAACAUUAUUGGUGCUGUGCCAAAGAAGGACAAACUGCUCGUCCUAGGUGAUUUCAAUGCUCGAGUUGGUAGCAAUCAUUGCACAUGGGAAAAUGUGCUUGGUAAACACGGCAUUGGAAGAGAGAACAGUAAUGGGUCACUUUUGUUGUCACUUUGUUCUACGUACCAGCUUGUAAUCACCAACACACUGUUUCAACAGAAAACCAAGUACAAGACCACCUGGAUGCAUCCUAGAUCAAAGCAUUGGCACCAGAUAGACUUCAUUAUUAUUCGUCAGAGAGAUAUCAGUGAUGUUCGUCACACUAGAGUCAUGCGGGAGCUUCUGCCUCAGUCUUUUCUGACCAUAGAUUGGUGCGUAGUAAGCUUUCACUUUCUGUCAAGAAAACUGUUUCUCACCAGUCUUGCCAGAGAUUUAGAAAAUUGA